AUGGCCCCCCAAAUGAGCCCAGAAGACUCAAUCGCCUUGAUUAAAGCCAACUUGCAAGAGGUCCUCAACCCAGAAAUCAUCGACAAUGUAAUCCUCAAGGAGAAACGUCCGCUGAAAGUCUACUGGGGAACCGCGCCCACUGGAAAACCACAUUGCGGUUACUUCGUGCCCAUGAUGAAAAUCGCCGAACUCCUGGCUGCUGGCUGUGAAGUCAAGGUCCUUCUCGCGGAUAUCCAUGCUUUCCUAGAUACGUCGAUCAUCCCAUUGGAGCAGGUCGCCGCGCGUGCAAAAUACUACGAAUUUGUGAUCAAAGCACUGCUUACAGCUGUGGGCGUGGACAUCUCGCGUUUGAUCUUCGUGUUGGGGAGCAGUUACCAAUACUCGAUGGAAUAUACACGGGAUCGUUUCAAGCUAGAUGCCGUAACGCGCUACCACACAGCGCUGAAAGCCGGGUCAGAAGUCGUGAAGACGAGCGCAGAAGGUGCAACGAUAGGAGGCCUCCAAUACCCGGGCAUGCAAUCUCUAGACGAAGAAUACCUUGGUGUAGACGCUCAAUUUGGAGGUGUAGAUCAGCGUAAAAUCUUUGUCUUCGCCAUCGAAAACCUACAUAUCGUGGGUUACAAGUUACGAGCACAUUUGAUGAACGCGAUGGUGCCAGGUUUGGGCGAUGCCGUUAAAAUGAGUGCUAGCGAUGCGGAUUCAAAAAUUGAUCUUCUGGACAACUCAGCAGAUGUCGCGAAGAAACUUAAGAAAGCGAAGUGUGAACCUAAAACUGUCGAGGGAAACGGCGUGGUAGCAUUCGUCGAGCACGUCAUUCUUCGUGCCCUGAAGCUCAAAAAUGCGGGACCAUUCAUCGUCGAGAGAAGAGAUCAAGAACCAUUAUCCUAUGAGUCAGCAGAUAAAUUGAAAGAAGAUUAUACUGCAGAUGUUCUGACCCCACAACUACUAAAAGCGGCUGUCACAGUCCAACUCAACAACCUUCUCGCGCCAAUCAUACAGGCCUUUCAAGAAUCGAAGGAGUGGCAGGAUGUAGAAAAAGUCGCUUAUCCACCUCCAGCCGCGAAAGUAAAGAAGGAGAAGAAGGAUAAGGGCGAUCCCGCGAAGAGAGCUGCGGCGGCGGAGGCUAGGAAACUAGCAUUGGGAGAGGGUGGUGUGGAGAAGGUUGUUGAGGAUGUGAAGAAGUUGGAUGUUUGA